CGACGCAGACACAGUUUCCACUCUCUCCACAAUCCAUGCGCAGUGAAACCGAGAUGUUUUCCUAACAUGACGUGAAUUGACAGUUGUUGAUAAACUGAGGUCUGAUAAACUGAGGGAGCGAGAGAGAGCGCGGAGAUUUCGGUAAUUCCACGAUGAGUGAUUAUAAAAUACCGAUAAUCGAGCCGACUAUAGACUAUGCAAAGGUACCGCCGAUCAACCAAAAGCGCACGGUCUCCUUCAUAAAUCACUUUAUCACUCACACCGUGACGUUUCUGAAUAAAUUCGUCCUGUCCUGCGAGGAGAGGUUGUUCGAUUUCGAAAAUAAAUUGCAAAAGCUAGAGGCGUCGUUAGAAAUAUUAGAAUCGCGGUUAUCCUCUAUACCUGGUUUAGAGCAAGAGCAACAUAAAGAACCAAAUAAUGUUAAUGAGAACAAUACGAGUAAAUUAGAGGAGAUAGAGACAUGUGAAGUGGACGAGCCUGACGAUAGUGAGACAAAGCCCAAGGACGAAGAGAAGGAAGUUCAGUCAGCAGCUAAAGAUCCUCGCUAUGAAAAGUACUUCAAAAUGUUGCACUUUGGUGUACCGAAACAGGCGGUCAAAUUAAAAAUGGAACAGGAAGGAUUGGAUGCAUCUGUACUAGACAAUCCACAACAGGUAGUUUCUAUACCACGAUUGUCAGAAAACGAUGAGAAUCAAGGUGAAUAAGUAUUAAGGUAAAUCAUUUUUAUGCGCUAAUUAUUUUAGGCAUACUGGACAUUUUUUGCAUUACAAAACUCAAAAUAAAGAUAUACAAAUUCCUA